AUGGGGAAAGAUUUCCAGUUAGCUCUUAGUGACUUCCAUGUUAUCAUGCACCUUAAAAAAGUAGCUUGGCUCCCAGUGCUAUGGUUGAUGUUGUUACCACGAUGGAAGAGGCAGACAUGCAUUGAGUGUCCACCUGUAAGAGAUGCAGCUACGGGAAAAGAGUAUUUGUAUUCAUUUUAUGAAGAUGUAACAAGGAUACAAGUUGUUGUUGACUUGGUACUGUCAGUACAAGACACAGUAACAAGUGUCAUCGCAGAGUUGGCACAAUAUCUUACUAGGUGGCGAAAAUUCAGAAAACUUUGGAUGUUUGAUAAGACUCUAACAAAUGAAAGGUUUGCUGCCAACAACCCUACAUUACUUGCUUAUGAUGAAAAAUUUGGAUAUUAUACUCGUGUCAUAAAUGAAAUUCAAGAUAUUCAGCCAUAUGUAGAUAUUAAAAGUAUGAGGAUAAACUUGAAACCUAUCAUAAACGCAGUCAUCCAUCAUGCAACUGAGUGGAAGGCUCAACUUGGGCAAAUACUAGCAAAGAAGACAAAGUCCAAUAUGCAAGCUUUCAGAGAUAGAAUGAUUGAUGUGAAGACAAAGCUAGAACAAAAAAUUAUUUCAUUAGAAACCUUCAAAGAUGUAUUGCAGGCAAUAACUACAAUACAGAGAACAUCCAUUCAAGCAGAAAUAGACUACUGUGAAAUGCAAGAGACAUAUCGUACAUUGCACUUACAUCAAAUUGAGGUAAAACUGAAAUUGAAGGUGAAGAUGAUGAAGACAGAAUGUUCCAUAUUUAUAUUUUCAGUACUGAACUUUUCCUUGGAAUUUGUGCAUGUUAGUUUUGAUUAUGUGGUAGGGGUUGCUUCCAGGUGUAAUGGUGAGCCACAAAGGUUAACAGUUGUUUGCAAUCUGUUGGACCUUCGAUACAGCCAGCUUCAAGCCAGUCAUCAGAUGAAAUGGAAACAGCAAAGGGCAUCACAUCAUCAUAUUACUGAGCUUAAAAAUUUGUACAUUUGUGGAAUAGGUACAGUGUCAACUGUAGUACUGAGUGGAGGACUAAGUACAGUGUCAACUGCAGUACUGAGUGAUUGUGUAACAAGCAACAGCAGAAUUGGAGAAAGCCCAAGAUUCCCUGGCAGUGGAUCAACUGCCAGUGCAACUUGCUCUGCUGGGAGGAUGACAAACUGUGGAGGUUGGGCAAUAAUCAAUCUAAGUCCUGGCACCAGGGUGCCAGAAUGUAAUGUUCCCUUGGUUAUUCUCAAACUUUUGGUAUAUCUCAAUGCCUACUCGCCUUUAAUUAUCAAUUGUGGACUUCUUCACAGAAUUAUGCGGAAUUUGCUGAAAGACAAAGAUUUGGGCAGGGAUCUUCUAAUUAUAAAUACAGACUUGAGAGCAUUACUAGAACCUUAUGAUUCAAAAUCAGGAUUAGGAAUGAAUAUACGAUACAAUUUUCAUAUGACUUCCAAAGUUAAUCCCAUGAUUUAUCCUCAUGAGGAUGAAAUAGAAGCACAUCAGCUGCAGAAGGAAUGGGAAGAACUGUAUUUGGCAUCAAUUAGACGUACAUACAAUCUGGAGUCAACGAAAGCACGUUUUGCUACAAUGUCACAGAAGCAGAUUGAUGACUUUGCUCACCGGUGUGAGGCAUUUGCAUGUCGAUUUCAAGCAGAAGGUCCUGGUUCUGUAGAAAGAGAUCUUGAUCGUGGUUUAGAACUUGUUGAUGAAUAUUCUCCCCAGUUUGCUGAGCUUGAUGAACAGCGACUUGAAUUCAUGAACACAGAAAUGCUAUUUGAUUUGCCUCCAGCUGACUACUCAGCCUUUGUUGAAGCAAAGACAGAAAUGGAGGGACUGGAGAUGAUAUAUGAUUUAUACAGAUCACAGAAGACUGCUCGUGAGGCAUGGGCAAAGACACUGUGGGUAAACUUGAACCCACAAGUUCUUCUUGAUGGAACUGAAGCAUUCAUGAAAGAAUUCCGCAAAUUGCCACCAAAUGUCAAGAAAAUACCUGUUGGACAGGAGUUGAAUCUUAUUCUGAAGCAGUUUAAAAAUUCUAUACCACUUUUUGUUGAACUGAAGAAUGAGGCACUUCGUGAGCGUCAUUGGAAUGAACUUAUGGAUAAAACUGGACAGCAUUUUGACAUGGCUGCAGAUCGCUUCACUUUGGAGAACAUGUUUGCCAUGGAACUUCAUAAAUACCAAGAUAUUGCUGAAGAGAUUAUCAACAAUGCAGUGAAGGAAUUGUCGAUAGAGAAGGGUGUGCGUGAGGUGUCAGAAGUUUGGAGUUCUCUGAAUUUCAUUGUCAUCCAACAUACUAAAGCAGGUGAAGAUCGUGGUUACAUACUUGGACCUGUUGAAGAAGUGGUUCAGGUGCUCGAAGAUAACACCAUGAAUCUGCAAAGUAUGGCUGCAUCACAAUUUGUUGGACCAUUCCUACCAACUGUGCAAAAGUGGGAAAAGGAUUUAAGCACUGUUAGUGAUGUUAUGGAUGAAUGGUUCCUAGUGCAGAGAAAAUGGUUAUACUUGGAAGGGAUAUUUGUUGGUGGUGACAUUCGUACUCAGCUCCCAGAAGAAGCACGAAAAUUUGAUGAGAUUGACAAGACCUUUCGCAAGAUAAUGCUGGAAACAGCGAAGAAACCACUUGUAAUUGAAUGUUGUCUGGUGGAAGGCCGAUUGGCUGUACUGCAGGGUCUGAGUGCUGGUCUUGAACGUUGCCAAAAGUCACUCAAUGAUUUCUUGGACUCUAAAAGAAAUGCAUUUUCUCGAUUUUAUUUUGUAUCAGAUGAUGAACUUCUCUCCAUUCUUGGAAGCAGUUCACCAGAUUGUGUUCAAGAACACAUGGUUAAAAUGUUUGAUAAUAUUGCCAGUCUUAAUUUGGAACCAAAUCAGAAUAAUAUAAUAGUAGCAUCUGCAAUGAUCUCAUGUGAGAAUGAAAUUAUGGACUUUCGUGAACCUGUAAUGACGUCAGGGCAUGUUGAGAUAUGGAUGACAAGUAUGCUAGGAGAAAUGCGUCGAACAAACCGGUACAUAACCAAAAAAGCUAUAUAUGACUAUGGGAAGGUCAGGCGACCAAGAACAAACUGGAUGUUAGAUUAUCUAGGAAUGGUGUGUCUUGCUGCAAAUCAAGUAUGGUGGACAGCUGAGGUGGAAAAUGUGUUUAAAAAAAUAAAAGAGGGUAAAAAGAGGUCAAUGAAGGAGUACCUCGAACAACAAAAUAGGCAGCUUGAUGAAUUAGUUGUCAGAGUCAGGGGAAAUUUGUCCAAAAAUGAUCGCAAGAAAUUCAAUACUGUGCUCAUUAUUGAUGUUCAUGCACGUGAUAUCAUUGAAACAUUUGUAAGAGACAGCAUUAUGGAUGAACAGGAAUUUGAAUGGGAAAGCCAACUGAGAUUUUAUUGGGUGAAAUCAGUGGAUAACUUGGUGGUUAGACAAUGCACAGGGAGCUUUGACUAUGGCUAUGAAUAUAUGGGGCUAAAUGGCAGACUUGUCAUUACACCUCUUACAGACCGUAUCUAUCUCACAUUUACACAAGCCCUCUCCAUGCAGCUGGGUGGAGCACCAGCAGGUCCUGCAGGGACAGGAAAAACUGAAACAACUAAGGACUUGGCAAAAGCACUUGGGCUCUUGUGCAUAGUCACAAACUGUGGUGAAGGUAUGGAUUUCAAAGCAGUGGGCACUAUAUUAGCAGGUCUCUCUCAGAGUGGUGCCUGGGGAUGCUUUGAUGAAUUCAACCGAAUAAAUAUUUCUGUCUUGUCGGUAAUAUCAACACAACUUCAGACUAUUCGUAGUGCUCUGCUCAAGAAGAUGACACAGUUCAAUUUUGAAGGAAAAGAAAUAUCUCUGGAUAACAAAGUUGGUGUAUUCAUUACAAUGAAUCCUGGGUAUGCAGGUCGCACUGAAUUACCUGAAUCAGUAAAGGCUUUAUUCCGUCCUGUGGUAUGCAUUGUUCCUGAUUUGGAGCUGAUCUGCCUAAUUAUGCUAUUCUCUGAAGGAUUUCUGAGGGCAAAGGUUUUGGCAAAGAAGAUGACUGUUUUGUACAAAUUGGCUCGUGAACAGUUGUCAAAGCAGUUCCACUAUGAUUUUGGACUACGUGCUCUCAAAUCUGUGCUUGUUAUGGCUGGAGAACUCAAAAGAGGGUCACCUGAAUUAGAAGAAGAUGUUGUGUUGAUGCGUGCUUUAAGGGAUAUGAACUUACCAAAAUUUGUAUUUGAUGAUGUACCAUUAUUUCUUGGACUGAUUGAUGACCUGUUCCGUGGUAUUGAUGCCCACAAAGUUCCACGAGUUGAGUAUCCAGAGUUUGGGGCAGCAGUCAAGCAAGUUCUACAGGAGCAACGAUAUAUUGUUCUGCCAGAGCAGGUGAACAAAGUGAUACAGUUGUAUGAAACAAUGAUGACACGUCAUUCAACAAUGAUAGUUGGUCCAACAGGAGGUGGAAAGACAGUUGUGAUUCAUGCUCUUACACGAGCACAAACUACAAUGGGCCUCCCGACAAAACUAUUUAUCCUAAAUCCUAAGGCAAUAUCUGUCAUUGAACUGUAUGGAAUUUUGGAUCCAGCAACGCGUGACUGGACAGAUGGUCUUCUGUCAAAUAUCUUUCGUGAAAUCAAUAAGCCUCUACCCACAGACCAACAGGAGAGACGCUACAUAUUAUUUGAUGGCGAUGUAGAUGCUUUGUGGAUUGAGAACAUGAAUUCAGUUAUGGAUGACAACAAAUUAUUGACUCUCGCUAAUGGAGAGCGGGUCCGGCUACAACCACAUUGCGCUUUGUUGUUUGAGGUGGGAGAUCUUCAGUAUGCAUCCCCAGCAACUGUAUCACGUGCUGGUAUGGUUUAUGUGGAUCCAAAAAAUCUUGGUUACCAACCAUACUGGUCACGCUGGUUGUCAAUGAGGACAGAUGCAAAACAAAAAUUGGCUCUGAAUGAAUUAUUUGAGCGGUAUGUGCCUGACGGACUUCGGUUUAUACAUGAAGGAGUAUUUGGUUAUGACCAAUUUGCACCUCUGAAGACAAUGAUACCACAGACACCACUGAAUAUGGUCGUCCAGCUUUGCUAUGUUCUUGAGGCACUUAUUCCAGUCCCAGAUGAAACUCAUCCGCCUGUAAUGGAGGAACUCCUUGAGAGUUUAUUUAUAGAAGCUCUGUAUUGUUCACUUGGUGCAACCCUGCUUGCUGAAGGAAUGGAGCAAUUUGAUGAUUAUGUGAAGAAACAAUCAGGAAUACUAACACUUGAAGAUACAGAGCAGAAGAGGGCACCCACAAGAUACCUGCCCAUUGGCCAUCCAACACUAUAUGAGUACUUCGUGGAUGUGGCGAAAGAUGAGUGGGUGGCUUGGGAAUGGGUGGUGCCAAUAUACGAACAUGAUCCUGAAAAAAAGUUCAGUGAGAUUCUGGUUCCCACUACAGAUUCAGUGCGCACCACUUGGCUUCUGACACUUAUGAAUGAUCACUACUCCAGACAUAAAAUAUUCACAAAGGUGAAGAGACCGGUAGUGCUCAUUGGAGAAACUGGAACAUCAAAAACAGCAGUAAUUCAAGAUUUCUUGAGGCAGCUAAAUCCUGAGACAUAUCUGGUGCUAAAUGUUAACUUUUCUUCUCGCACAACUUCAAUGGAUGUGCAAGGUAAUAUUGAAGCGUCAUUGGAAAAAAGAACAAAAGAUACAUAUGGACCACCAAGGGGGAAGAAAUUGGUCAUUUUCAUUGACGAUUUAAAUAUGCCACAGGUUGAUGAAUACGGUACUCAGCAACCAAUAGCAUUACUGAAACUGUUAUUUGAAAGAGGAGGAUUUUAUGAUCGAGGAAAAGAACUCAACUGGAAAGAAUUAAAGGAUCUUGGGUAUCUGGCUGCAAUGGGAAAGGCUGGAGGUGGUCGUAAUGAAGUGGACCCUCGUUUUAUUUCAAUGUUCAGUGCAUUCAGCAUGAUCUUUCCAUCUGAUGUGACACUAUAUCGAAUCUAUUACUCAAUAUUGGCAGGGCAUACUGAGCCUUUCGCAGAUGAAGUUCAAAAAGUAGUACCUGACAUCAUGAAGCUAACACUUGAUCUCUACAAGGUAAUAAUUGUUAAACUGCCACCAACGCCAUCUAAGUUCCACUAUAUCUUCAAUUUGCGUGACCUUUCUCGAAUAUGUGCCGGUCUCUGCUUGACAUCUGCAAGUUACUUCAAAUCUCCAGAGUUAUUUGUGAGAGUCUGGAGAAAUGAGUUCCAGAGAGUGAUCUGUGACAGAUUAAUCUGUGAUGAGGAUAAAACAGUAAUUGCUGAGCACAUAUCAGCAGGCUUGAAACGAUAUUUCCCUGACUAUGCUCAAACUGUUAUGGAGGAACCUCUUCUAUUUGGGGACUACCGAAAUGCCAUAAGUGAAGAUGAGCAGAGGGUUUAUGAAGACCUGCUUGACUAUGAAGCUAUAUAUCGAAUAUUUAAAGAGAUUCUUGAUGAAUACAAUGAACGCCUGAGCCGCAUGGAACUCGUGCUGUUUGAUGAUGCACUUGAACACCUUACCCGUGUCCAUAGGGUGCUACGCAUGCAUAAGGGGCAUGUUAUGCUUGUUGGAGUGGGUGGAAGUGGAAAACAAAGUAUUGUAAGACUGGCAGCUUUCACUGCAGGUUGUGAUGUUUUUAUGAUCACACUGAGCAGAGGCUACAAUGAAACAAGCUUCAAAGAAGACCUAAAACAGCUGUACUAUCUUUUAGGAGUGGAGAAGAAACCUACUGUAUUCUUGUUUACAGCUGCACAGGUAGCUGAAGAAGGUUUUUUGGAACUGAUUAACAAUAUUUUAAUGGUUGGUAUUGUACCUACAUUAUUCACUGAUGAAGAUAAGGACCAAAUCAUUGGACAGUGUCGAAAUGCAGCAAAGAAUGCAGGAUAUGGAAUUACCAAGGAAAAUGUGUGGAACUAUUUUACAGCAGUUUGUGCUGACAACUUGCAUGUGGCAUUAUCAAUGUCUCCUGCAGGAGAUAUUCUUCGUAACAGGUGUCGGAACUUCCCUGGGCUUGUCAAUAAUACUUGCAUAGACUGGUUGUUCCCAUGGCCACGUCAAGCUUUGGUUGCAGUUGCAAGUGUCUAUUUAAUGGAGAAUGAAAAAAUACCACAGAAUUAUCGUGAGAACAUUGUAGAGCAUGCUGUGUAUGUGCAUCAGACAGUUGUGGAAUACACAACAGAAUUCCUGCUCACUCUCCGUCGAAGGAAUUAUGUCACUCCCAAACACUAUCUUGACUUCCUCAAUACGUACCUUAGAUUGCUUGAAGAAAAAAAUAAUUUCAUUCUUGCACAGUGUCAGCGUCUGGAAGUAGGGCUAGAUAAAAUAAGAGAAGCCCAGGAGCAGCUAGGAGAGCUUAAUGCAAAACUAGCUGUACAGGAAGUAGCUGUGUCAGAGAAAACAGCUGCUUGUGAGGCUCUGCUCACAGAAAUCAAGGAGGCAACGGCACUGGCCAGCAGUAAGAAGGAAAUUGCUGAGGCAAAAGGUCGUGAGAUUGAAGAACAGGCAAAAGUCAUUCAGGCAGAGAAGGAAGAAGCAGAGGAAGUUCUGAAGGCAGCAAUGCCAGCACUAGAAGCUGCUCGUCUUGCCUUAGCUGAUUUAGAUAAAUCUGAUAUCACUGAGAUCAGGGCAUUUGCAUCACCCCCAGAACCAGUACAAACCAUCUGUGAAUGUGUGAGUAUUCUUCUUGGAGCACGUGAAGUGAGCUGGAAGGCAGCCAAAGCCGUAAUGGCUGACCCAAAUUUCCUACGCACUCUGCAGGAAAUGAACUGUGAUCUCAUUACAAAUACUCAGAUACGUGGGGUCAAGACCCAUAUGAAGAAAUCUACCAAAUUGGGUGAAAUGGCAUCUAUCAGUAAGGCUGGAUAUGGCUUGUUGAAGUUUGUGCAGGCAGUUCUUGGUUACUGUGCUGUGUACCGAGAAGUAAAGCCGAAGAAAGAGAGAGUGGCACAGCUAGAGCAAGAGUUUGACAAGGCUAAACGAGACCUGGACAGACUGACUAAGGAGAUCCAGAAGUUUGAAGAAAUGCUCAACAAACUGGGUCAAAAAUAUAGUGAUGCAAUGCAAGAUCGCCAAAUCCUACAAGAGGAAACAGAUAUUAUGCAGAGAAGACUAAUAGCUGCAGACAAACUGAUUUCUGGUCUCGGUUCUGAGAACGUCAGGUGGAAACGGGAUUUGGCAAAUCUCCACAUAGAAAGAGAACGACUUGUUGGCAACUGCCUGCUGAGCUCCUCAUUCUUGUGCUAUACUGCUCCAUUUAGCUGGGAAUUCCGACGACGCAUGGUGUAUGAUGAUUGGUUAGCAGAUCUGAGGCAUCGGGAGAUACCACUUGCAGAUGUGUUUAAAGUGGAGGCACACCUUUCAGAUGAUGUCGAAAUUAGCAAAUGGACAUCUGAGGGCCUUCCACCAGAUGAAUUGUCAGUACAGAAUGGGAUUCUUACAACACGUGCAAGUCGUUUUCCGCUUUGUAUUGACCCUCAGCAGCAGGCACUUACUUGGAUCAAGAAGAGAGAAGAAAAAAGUAAUCUGAAAAUACUAACAUUUAAUGAUGCAGAUUUUCUGAAGCAACUUGAAAUGGCCAUAAAAUAUGGAUUUCCUAUUCUGUUUCAAGAUGUGGAUGACUACAUUGAUCCAGUUAUUGACAAUGUCAUUGAGAAGAAUAUUAAAUCUCAAAGCGGACGAACGUUUGUAAUGUUGGGAGACAAAGAAGUGGACUAUGAUCCUAAGUUCAGGCUUUAUCUCACAACUAAACUGUCCAAUCCUGCAUUCAACCCUGCUGUUUAUGCCAAAGCUGCUGUCAUCAACUACACUGUAACAGUCUCGGGUUUGGAAGACCAGUUACUGAGUGUUGUGGUACGUUGUGAGCGAGCUGAUUUGGAAGAGCAACGAGAAAUCCUCAUACAAGAAACUAGCGAAAAUAAAAAUCUGCUGAAGACACUUGAGGAUUCUCUCCUCAGGGAGCUGACAACUUCUACUGGCAACAUGUUGGACAACACAGAAUUGGUACAAACCCUGGAGGACACCAAAACCAAGGCUGCUGAGGUUACAGCUAAACUCGCUUUGGCAGCCACUACAGGAAUAGAUAUAGAUCGUCUGCGUGAUGGCUAUAGGCCCGUGGCACGAAGAGGGGCCAUUCUUUUCUUUGUACUUUCUGACAUGGCAGGAGUCAACCCUAUGUACCAAUAUUCACUCACAGCUUACUUAGGAGUGUUCUUGUAUUCUCUACGUAAAGCCAUGCCAGACACUGUACAAGCAAAAAGACUUGAAAAUAUCAUAAAUACACAUACUAAAAAUGUCUAUGAUUAUGGUUGCACAGGUAUUUUUGAGAAACAUAAACUGCUUUUCUCAUUUCAAAUGACAACAAAACUACAACAGAGUGAUGGGAUAGUUAGUCAAAUGCAACUUGACUUCUUUAUCAAGGGCAGUGUCAGCCUGGAGAAAUCAGCAAGAGCAUGUCCUGCAGCUUGGCUUCCUUCUCAGGGCUGGGAAGACAUCGUGAAGCUAUCUACAUCAUUUCCAGAAGUGUUUGCAACUCUUCCAGAUGACAUUGAGAGUAAUGUGGAAACAUGGAAGGAGUGGUUUGAUCUUGAUGCACCAGAAUCUGUGGACUUUCCUUGUGAAUAUCAUCAAAAGCUUAAUAGUUUUGAGAUCCUUAUGCUUGUCCGUUGCUUCCGUGUUGAUCGUGUGUUCAGAGCAGUCACAGAUUAUAUUGCAUCAACCAUGGGUGAAGGCUUCAUUACACCUCCAGUCAUCAGCUUGGAUGCAAUUUAUGAUCAGAGCCUUCCUAAUAUGCCCGUUAUUUUCAUACUGAGUCCUGGUUCAGAUCCAACCAGUGAGUUAAUGAAGUUGGCAGACCGUUGUGGAAGUGGAGGUGGAAAGUUUAAGUAUUUAUCCCUGGGCCAGGGUCAGGAACCUGCAGCUGUUUCUUUAUUGGAGACAGCAGUGUCAAGAGGUCAGUGGCUAAUGUUGCAAAACUGCCACUUACUAGUGACUUUCCUGAGAGAUUUAGAGAAAAUGUUAGAUAGCAUGGAACGUCCUCACCCAGAUUUUCGUCUGUGGCUUACCACAGACCCAACUCCUACUUUUCCAGUGGGUAUGCUACAGAGAUCACUUAAAGUGGUGACAGAGCCUCCGUAUGGACUCAAACUGAAUCUACGCAACACUUACUUCAAGAUGCGAACACAAAGCCUUGAGGCCUGUGAACACCCAGCUUUCAAGUCUUUAGUAUAUGUGCUGGCAUUUUUUCAUGCUGUGGUGCAGGAAAGGCGAAAGUAUGACAAAAUUGGCUGGAAUAUUAGUUAUGAUUUCAAUGAAUCAGACUUCAAUGUGUGUAUGCAAAUUCUUGAUACAUAUCUAACAAAGACAUUAGUCACCAAAGACACAAGAAUUCCAUGGAGAAGUUUGAAGUACUUAGUGGGCGAGGUAAUGUAUGGCGGAAGAGUCAUAGAUGAUUAUGAUCGUCGUAUUGUACGAACCUAUAUGGAUGAAUAUAUGGGAGAUUUCCUCUUUGAAACAUUUGAUAUUUUUUACUUUUACCAUGACGAGUCUGUGGAGUACAUUAUACCACCAGAGGGAACCAAAGAUGACUAUAUUGAAUAUAUUGACCAGCUGCCCUUGGUGAAUAGCCCAGAUGUGUUUGGUCUACAUCCAAAUGCAGAAAUUGGUUAUUACACUCAAGCUGCCAAACUAAUGUGGUCUCAUCUUAUAGAACUACAACCUCAAGCUGGACCUGCUGGAGGUGGGGUCAGCAGAGAGGAAUUUAUUGAUGGAAUAGCUCAAGAUAUUCUGAAGAAAAUCCCAACACUGUUCAAGAUUCAACAGAUUCGCCAGAAAUUCUAUUCUAAGAUGACACCUAUCAUUAUUGUACUCAUACAGGAGCUGGAGAGAUUUAACAAUUUGCUGGAGAGCAUGAAGAGGACACUGUCAUUGUUACGAAAGGCAUUGGCAGGAGAGAUAGGCAUGGAUGCCACAUUAGACAAUGUGGCAUAUAGUCUUUUCAAUGGCCAGUUACCAAAUGUGUGGAGGAAACUCAUUCCAGCUACAACAAAGAAUCUUGGAGGCUGGAUGGAUCAUUUUGAAAGACGUGUGAAACAAUAUUUCUACUGGGCAAGUUACAGUGACCUGAAAAUAAUGUGGCUGUCAGGGCUUCAUAUACCAGAAUCAUACCUCACAGCACUGGUGCAGACAACAUGCCGCAAGAAUCGUUGGCCACUAGACAGAUCUGCUUUAGCAACAUCAGUAUCUGAUUAUGCUUCAAGGCUGGCUAUUAAGCAGAUUGAAGAUCUCCCAGAUAAUAGCUGGUUGAUAGAGGGUCUUUACCUUGAAGGAGCCCACUGGGAUAUGAAGAAUCGCUGUUUGGCUAGACCUCUACCAAAGGUUCUUGUGGAAGAGCUACCACUGCUGGAAGUUCGUCCUAUAGAGCUACAUAGACUAAAACAACAGAAUACAUUUAAAACACCUGUGUAUACAACUCCACAACGGAGAAAUGCCAUGGGUGUUGGACUUGUCUUUGAGGCAGCCCUUGCAACAGAUGAACAUGAAUCUCACUGGGUACUGCAGGGUGUAUGCCUUACUCUGAACACUGAUUAACUGCAUUACCUAUAAGGUUGCAUUAUAGGGUGUGUUACAGAAGAUGCACCAAUUCCUACUACAUUAGAAACAAUUCUUUUUCAUAAUUUGUUUAAUGUUGUAUUAUAUUGUGAAGUAUAUCUUAUAAAAUAUGAGAUAUUUUUGUAAGUGCU